AGUCUUGUGGACCUUUUUUUUAAUAUUGUUGCACCUUUAUCAUUAAACAUGUUAAGUCGUUUUGCUCAACAAACUGGACGUAUUGGUACCAGCCCCAGUCUUCUUAAGCAAGAGUUCCAUGGGUCUGCCAUUCGCAUGGCCAAGAAACAUCCCAAGCAAAUCAAGAAGGAGAAUCUUGCCAAGCGUGCUGCCAAAGUAGCCGAAUUCGAACGCACCAAACCUUCCUUCAUUGUCUCGAGACCUGCACCUUUUUUCAACACAUUGCAUACACCUGCCAGUGCCUAUCAACAGGUCGACCAACAAUCAGGAUACCAACAUUUUAUGACCGAACAAGACAAGGAUUUCUUGUUUGAAGAGACACCCAAAAAAUCAGUAGAGUCUAGUCAUAUGGCUGCUAUCGAUGGCAUUGAAGAAGCUCUCAAAAACGAGAAGCUUAAAGUCGACACAAUCCAAAAAAUCGUUGGCCUUCAAAAUGCUAACGCCAAAGCUGUUCAAAUCUGGAAUGUCCACCAAGCUAUUGACUGGUUCAAGUUAAAGGAAGGCGACACCGGAAGUCCUGAAGUACAAGCCGCUAUUUUAACUGUCCGCAUACAUAACCUCAACUCUCACUUGAAUCAACAUCGCAAAGAUAAGCACAACUAUAAGCAAUUGCGUACCAUGGUUCAUCAACGCGCAAAGCUUUUAAAGUACCUCAAAUCAAAGGAUGCUCAAAGAUAUUAUAAAUGUUUAGAUGGUUUAGGUUUAGAACCUAGAGCUGUCGAAGGUGAAAUCACUCUGUAAUUAAUUAAUAAAAAAACAUGUCCAGACAAACAUCGUAG